AUGGCCCUGCCUUCAGUUGCCGAGCCGGUCCCGGGAGAUGGCCUGCACAAGGUCAUCUCUAGUGAUGCCCAGCCCAUGUUCGAUGAGACCGCAUCCGAGGGCUUCCCAGACACGUGGAUCCAAAAUGAUGUAUAUCAUGCUUUGCCUGGAGAAGUAAGUGCACCAACCCCCCCAACAGAUCUAUCCAGUGCUACGCCUCAACUGCCGCAGCAUGCUAACCAACAGGCUUCACCCGAUGAGAAUAGCACUAUUCAGGAGUCUGUGCUCCCCGAAGAAAACACUCAAAGGGAUGAUGCCCAAGAGCGAGAGCAGGAGACCCAAAAGGAUGAGAUGCCUCAGCAAACCCAAGCAGUUUCUUCAUCGCCACAGAUCUCUCGCAGCAACGCUUUCCUCGGCUCCAAGGAGGCUUCUCUGGAGGAGACUCCUCCAAAGGAGACGCCCCCGCCAAAGGAGACCCCUGCAAAGGAAACCCCUCCUAAGGAGAGCCCUCCCCCUCCAAAGGAGACCCCAAAACACACUGCAACUGAAUCUCAGUGCGCCGAGACCCCCGCAAAACAAAUCGCAAGUGAGAUCGCACUGCAGACCCCUGCAAGCAAAGCACCCAGCGACGGGAAAACACCGCCUGCAAAGAGCACCCCGACCGAGGUAGACAGCACUAACACCCCAGGAGGAAGCAGCACACACGACGCUCCCAGCCCUUUGGACAGCAAAGGCCCAAAGCCCAGCGCAAAGCCGGAAGUGAGCAAGGCUGAGCAGCAGGCACUGGAUGACGAAGAUGACGAAGAGCAAGAUGAAACUCAGGAAGGGCCACCACAGUAUGUCUUGAACGAAAAGGCAAUGAAGGCUCGGCUGAACAGGAUCUUCAAGCCGCGCAUGACAGGCGAAUAUCUAAUUCCGAAGGAAUUCGUGGACAUGUGGAGAGACACCGAAGGAAAGAAGAAAGUGCUUUCUUUAUUCGAGAAGGAAAAGUUCAUCAAGCGUUGCAAGCGUGUCAGCGAGAACAUCACGGAGGAGAACCUGUCUAUCGACGGAGAGUUCAUGAGCUUGCAGGACAUGCAUGAGGCCAAAUACAGCCCCGGAGGCGGGGCCAGUGAUGCCGCUGUUCCCGAUGAUGUCGUGAUUCCUGUGAAAGAGGAGGAUAUCAAGACGGGUUGGCCAGAGAUCGAACAUGACAUGGCACCGUCGGCAGUGGUUCCGGCUGCUGUCAAAUGUUUGGGGAAGCAGAUCAAAAAAUUCAAUGAGUUGCAAAGCAGGACGGAAAAGUUGGCCAACGACUUGUCAGAGGAACAGGAUGCUCUGGACGAGUUAAAAGAAGCAGGAUGCAAAACGAGAUCCGAUGCAAGCUGGAAACCGCUCGUGCAAAGCAACUUGGCUGAUGACGACUUUUCGCACAGGAACUUGGCCCCGAAGCCCACUGCUUCUGCUCAGCCGAAGACCAAUCCCAAGCGUAAAGCGGAGCCGAACGUGCCUCAGAGUGCGAAGCGGACAGCAACUGAGGCGCAGGAGCGACAUGCUCAGCGUUUCACAGAACGCAUCUUCAAGAGGUACAUGGCAGAGCACCCAGACCUCCCAACAUUUGGAGCAGAGCAGGAAGGGUAUUUCCUGUUCGGCAUUGCAUGCUCAGUGUUGAAGAAGAACGGCCACGUGACAGAUGCUGUUUUCCAGAAGCUGGUCGACAACUUCAACAAGUUGCUUUCAGAGGGAGUAGAGGUACCAAAGAUGGGAAGAUUUUACGGGGCCGUGAUCGCCGUCAAAGGUGAUCUAGAUUUCCAUCUGAAGUAUUAUAAUCUGGUAAGGUCAUAUGCACAUGUGGGGUCCCGACAAGCCGGUUUGAUAUGCCAUGCAUGCGAAGCAUCCAGUGGCGCACAAUCGCAACAUCCGUUCGACGACUUUUGUGAAAACCCAGUGUGGCUUCAAACCAUGCACCAGACCCGACCAUGGAAGACCACCCCGAUCCUAGCUUUAAUCCCCUACGACGAUCAGCAACCUGAGCAGGCCAUAGUCUGGGAUUUGCUGCAUGUGCUGAAGCUGGGUAUCGGGCGCUACCUAAUCGGAGGAGCGCUGAUACUUCUUUUGCGGAAAGGCUUUAUGGAUCAUGAUGAAGACUCGAAGAACAUCGUUGAAAGGCUCAAGCGUGCUCACAGUAGUUUUUGCCUGUGGUGCUCAGUAAACAAAGAGAACGCCGCUUUGCGUGGUUUCACAAAACAGUUCUUCCAUCUGAAGAACUUUAUGGCCUGCCCUUGGGCCAACAGCAAGGGCAGCGACACCAUGCUUUUGAUUCGAUGGCUAUUGUGGUUUGUGAAGCUGCAGCUGAUUCAUCCUCGUGUUUCUGGAUUUCACAAAGAGUUGUGGGCCUUGCAGCGUACUUUCGAGGCCGUGCUAGAGCUUUUUCAGCUUGUCAACAAUCACAUGCUUUUCCUGCCACGCAUGUGUGCGGCAAGACUGUAUGUGCUGAUGAUGCGUGUUGUGCGGGGGUACAGGUUGCUGGGGCGUUUAGCAAUCGAUGUCCGAGUAAGGGCAUUUUCCAUUACCCCCAAGUGCCACGGCCUUCAUCACCUAGCGAUGAAAAUCAAACGGGCUUUUGCUAGCAGGCCACCCCGUGGUUAUAUCUCCCCAAGCAUUUGCUUGUGA